UGGGUGCGAAUUUUUAUCAUCACUCCAAACAUUAUGAUCAAUAAGAAAUAUUGUUUACUUUGGUAUGUAAUGAUAACGCUAUGUGGAUAUUUCAUAUCUGCUGAACACCAAGGAGUGCCUGUGUUUUUAUCUGAUCAAAGGAAAGUGUUGUCUGUAAAUAUAGAUGAUAGCCCCUUCAAGAAAAUGUUACCAACUGACUUCACAACAAUAAUGACUGAAGUUAAAGAGAAGGGAAAUGUUGUACUAAUCUUUAUUGAACCGACUCUGAGCAUGGAGGACGUCAGCCUAAAAGAUGAAAGUGGAACUCCAUAUUUCUAUUUAAGUCAAGGAAUAAAAGACGGGAAUGUAAAGUUUUUGCCUUCAGCAUCAUCGCACUUUGAAACACUAACGGAUAUAUUUCCACCGACCAUUGAUAAUACUUUUUACCUGAGUGGCACGAGUUUCAGCAAUAGCAUAAAACAAAAAAUGUUCUAUAGUAAUCUGAAACAUUUUUACAUCCAGUUUCAAAACGAGAGGGAAAAUCGAAUAAAUACGCUCAGAAAUCAUGAUCGCAUCAUGCAAGAAAUUUAUUUAACUGUAGGCAAUAUUAACCCUGGACCUGUAUUAUCAGUCUACACGGGCAAAGCGAAUCCAAUUAAUUUGCAUUUGUUGAAUGUUCCGAAAAUUCGUCACGACCAAGAGCUUGUCUUGCAAAGUUCUCGCUCCAUGUUUCGUUUAGCUGGUUUCUACACGCCACAAGCGGAACAGCGAAAAUUCCUGUACGGUGAAGUGCCACAGAUUACUGACGAAAUAGAGGGACCGAACAGUCUGUCCAUACGCGUGGGCUACCUCGACUACGUGAUUGAGUUUAACUUUUAUUUGGGAGAAGAUAGCUGGAUUUUUGAUAACGUAACACUAUACGAUCUCGACAAUGAAGUUGGUUGGAAGAAAGUGGGCGCAGCAGUAUCUUGGAACUCCUCGUAUGCGUGCGCGCAGCCGCUAGAGGUCGUUGACAUCAAAAAUGGAACCGCUGUCGUUAUCUCUCGGAUUAAGGCUCAACCCUUCAAAAGCCAACCAGUGAGUGAGAAGAGGCGCAGUGCGACACGAAACAAGAAAUUCGGACCAGCCGUGAGUUGCUGCCCGUACUUCUCCGCCCCGAUAUUGGCGGGCUUGUUAACGACUUUUCUUUGCUGCACCUUUUUGACGUACGCCGUAAUGUUUCUGUAUAACUGUCACACGAAUGACAGAUACGACGAUCCCAAUGGCAAACCUUUGCUUUUGGAAAAGAUAAAUUGAAUUUUCUGUUCUUAAAAAAGAAAAAGCAGAAGUUGCUCUUUUUUAAUGCAGCAAUACUAAGAAAUACUUGGCUAUGAUUGGUUCCUGAGAAUUUGGCAUUUAUUUUUUAUCUUUGUUGGUCAAGCUAAUAUUUGUUCAAAGUAACUUCGAAAAUGUAAAACUUAGCAGUGUGGCGGUACCCACAAUUCGCCUAACAUUUCUGC